CCUCCCGCUAGCUCUGCAGCGCCAGCUCGGCAGGCGCGGGGCGUGAGUCUCGAGUGAGACCCGCCAGGCUCCAACUCCGCAGCGCCGGGGCUCGGCGGGCAGCAACUUUCUCCCCGGAGCGGCCGCGGCGGCGGCUGCUGCUGCUGCCGUGGCAGUCGGAGCGGGAGCCGGGAGGAGGAAGGCGGCGGCAGCGGUUCCUUGUGCCCGCUCGGGCUGUCUAGCCCUCCGAGACCGCCGGCCCGCGGAGCCUCGUCCCCCCGGGCAGCCCCGGGCCCCUGCCCUAUGUCCCGCAAGGCAAGCGAGAAUGUGGAGUACACGCUGCGGAGCCUGAGCAGCCUCAUGGGCGAGCGGCGCAGGAAGCAGCAGGAGCCGGACGCGGCGAGCACGGCUGGGGAGCGCAGCCUCCUGGCGGCCGCCGAGUCCAGCGCCAGCCUGCAGGGCUCGGGCGGCGGCGGCGUCGGGGACCUGGAGCGCGCGGCGCGGAGGCAGUUCCAGCAGGAUGAGACCCCCGCCUUCGUGUACGUGGUGGCAGUCUUCUCCGCGCUGGGCGGCUUCCUGUUCGGCUAUGACACCGGGGUGGUGUCGGGGGCCAUGCUGCUGCUCAAGCGGCAGCUCAGCCUGGACGCGCUGUGGCAGGAGCUGCUCGUGUCCAGCACGGUGGGGGCGGCCGCAGUCUCGGCGCUGGCUGGCGGGGCCCUCAACGGCGUCUUCGGCCGCCGCGCCGCCAUCCUGCUGGCCAGUGCCCUCUUCACCGCCGGCUCCACGGUGCUGGCUGCGGCGAACAACAAGGAGACGCUGCUCGCCGGCCGCCUGGUUGUAGGGCUCGGCAUCGGCAUUGCUUCUAUGACAGUGCCAGUGUACAUCGCUGAGGUCUCACCCCCCAAUUUAAGAGGUCGAUUAGUCACCAUUAAUACCCUCUUCAUCACGGGAGGGCAGUUCUUUGCAAGUGUUGUUGAUGGAGCCUUCAGUUAUCUCCAGAAAGAUGGAUGGAGGUACAUGCUGGGACUUGCAGCAAUUCCAGCAGUUAUACAGUUUUUUGGCUUUCUCUUUUUACCUGAAAGCCCUCGAUGGCUUAUUCAGAAAGGACAGACUCAGAAGGCCCGUAGAAUUUUAUCUCAGAUGCGUGGUAACCAGACCAUUGAUGAGGAGUAUGAUAGCAUCAAAAACAACAUUGAAGAAGAGGAAAAAGAAGUUGGCUCAGCUGGACCUGUGAUCUGCAGAAUGCUGAGUUAUCCCCCAACUCGCCGAGCUUUAAUUGUGGGUUGUGGCCUACAAAUGUUCCAACAGCUCUCAGGCAUUAACACCAUCAUGUACUAUAGUGCAACCAUUCUGCAGAUGUCUGGUGUUGAAGAUGACAGACUUGCAAUAUGGCUGGCUUCAGUUACAGCCUUCACAAAUUUCAUUUUCACACUUGUGGGUGUCUGGCUUGUUGAGAAAGUGGGUCGCAGAAAGCUUACGUUUGGUAGUUUAGCAGGUACCACCGUAGCACUCAUUAUUCUUGCUUUGGGAUUUCUGCUAUCAGCCCAGGUUUCUCCACCCAUCACUUUUAAUCCAAUAGCUCCUUUAGAUCAGAACACUUCUUGCACAAGAUACAGUUACUGUAAUGAAUGUAUGUUGGAUCCAGACUGCGGUUUCUGCUAUAAGAUGAAUAAAUCAGCUGUCAGUGACUCCUCCUGUGUUCCAGUUAAUAAAGCAUCUACAAACGAGGCAGCCUGGGGCAGGUGUGAAAAUGAAACCAAAUUCAAAACAGAAGAAGUAUUUUGGGCUUACAAUUUCUGCCCUACUCCAUACUCCUGGACUGCACUUCUGGGCCUUAUUUUAUAUCUUGUUUUCUUCGCACCUGGAAUGGGACCAAUGCCUUGGACUGUGAAUUCUGAAAUAUAUCCCCUUUGGGCAAGAAGUACAGGAAAUGCAUGUUCAUCUGGAAUAAAUUGGAUUUUCAAUGUUCUGGUUUCGUUGACAUUUUUACACACAGCAGAGUAUCUUACAUACUAUGGAGCCUUCUUCCUCUAUGCUGGAUUCGCUGCUGUGGGUCUCCUUUUCAUCUACGGCUGUCUUCCGGAGACCAAAGGGAAAAAAUUAGAGGAAAUUGAAUCACUCUUUGACAACAGGCUAUGUACAUGUGGUGCUUCAGAUUCUGAUGAAGGGAGAUAUAUUGAAUAUAUUCGGGUGAAGGGAAGUAACUAUCAUCUUUCUGACAAUGACGCUUCUGAUGUGGAAUAAUUGUGAUCUGCUGAUAUAUUUAGUCAUUUAAACAAACUUGGGAGAGAAGAACAGCAAUUGGUGACCUCACUGCCCUGCUUUUAAUCUGGUUCUUUCCACAGUCUAGUUUUGAAUGACUUCAUAUUCUAGAAUAUUUGAUUCCAAGGAAGAUACAAUCACAAUGACAUCUUUUUUCACAAGCAGAGAUGUAAAAAAAAAUCUACAGAGAUUUUAAACUAAUAGUUAUUAAGCAAAUGUGUUUAAUUCCUUCCUGAGAUAGUUUAAAAUGAAUAUUGUACCCAGUGACUUCCGUGAUAAUCCUUUUUUCCUAAGACUAUAUAUAAUUAUUAGUGGCAAUUGAGUCAGUGCUAAUCUAGCCAAAUCAUAUAUGUGUGAUAUAUACUUACAGCAGAGGAUUCUAAAGUAUGGUCCAAGGGUAUUUUCUGUCAAAGCAUGGCCUGUUGGCCCUAAAUUCUCCUAAGGACACGGAGCUUACCUGUGAUCAGCUAUUAGAAAGUAAACUCCAUUUAAGCUUUCAUCAACAAAUUCAAAAGUGCAUCCUACAGGGGCAUAGCUGUCCUUAUAUCCUUUGGAUCCCACAUUUUGGUUUGUCUCUCCAAUUCAAAUCUGGAAAGUUCUUCAGAAGCUGACUCUGUGUAGGAUCAUUUGAACAUUAUGAAAAGCAGGGCUUUUAGGGUUUAUUUUCCUACAUAUUUUUUGCAUCAGUGAGAAGUAUACAUUUGCACAGAUUAGCUAGCAAGUUUUGAUAAGUAUAUUUUAUUGCUAGAAAGUAAGAAAGAAAAGAUUUUUAUGGACCUUAAAGAUUUUUAACCCUGAGUUAGUCACUUAGGUGUGCAACUGUAAACACAAAAUAGCACUAGAUCUUCAACUGUGUUUCAGGGUCAGUUUUUGUUCAUGCCAAAAUCACCAGAUAUUCACCAUGCCUUCACUCAUCCACGCUGGAGUCCUAGUAUUUGUGCCUUCAUUUGUGUGAUAUAAAUAACUUCUAACAGACUAUUUUUCCCCUUCUUUUAAUCAAAUAAUUUCUGAAACAAGAAAGGAAGGAAGAAAAUCAGUGGCAGAAAUAAUCCUGCUGUUACUGAUGUUUGUUUAAUUAAGUAGUGGGACUUCUAUUUUUCUUAACUUUUUAUUAACUCUUACUAAGGGAAUUGUCACAUUUUGUUACUUACGGUACUCGUCUUUUUUUUUCCUUUUAAUUCUGAGAGCAUAAACUCAUUUUUAUUUUUCACACCCUUUCUCAUUUUACCUGACAUUCUAUAUUAAAAGAUACAUAGAUUUGUCUGUGGGUUUUUC